AUGGCAUCACACGAGGGAAAACCUGUUGCACCACUUGUAGCGGAUAGAAACAACGCCCCGCACGUACCUUCUCGCGGUUAUAUCCUCGGAAUCCGUGCAUUCGAAAUUUCUUCAAGCUUGGCAAUCAUUAUUUGCCUUGCUGUUGCCGCAGCAGCUCACAACACAUUAUAUGACGAAGGAAUUAAUUAUGAUUCUAGUAGAUUCAGAACAAAUCAACAUAAUGUUAGCUCCCCAAACCAAACUGGUUAUGAUGACACUAGCGGGGUUUUAUAUUGGAUGACGUUGGGAUUAGUUAUAUCUUGUGUAGGAUUUGCUUAUUCCCUUUUAUCCUGCUUUGAUCGUCAGUUCAGGAUCCCACUAUUACAAGCCCUUAUUUCAUUUGUACUAUGUGCUGGAUUUGUAGUUUAUGUCGUUUAUGGGGCGAUAAAUACCCCUUAUGAAUUUAAAUGUUAUGGAUUGGAUGAGGAGGAAUGGAUCAAGAAUAAACAGGCUGGGUAUAGUACGAUUCUGACGGCACAGAAUAAUAGAUGUGCUGCGCCUAAAGCCGCCGAAUUUUUCGCAUUUGUUGCGACUUUCAGUUACGCUUUUAGCGCCUGUGUUGGAAUCAAAGUUUGGCUCGAUCGUAAAAGAUAUCCAGAAGUGCCAGUGGUUUAA